CCUGAGCCAUUUCUCCUCGAUCUGGCCCAUAGGAAGAACCUAGCUCAGGUAACUUGGGUCAGGCCUGCAUCGACGCGCUCUCGACCUGCAUCGCCCGACUCCACCCCAACCUUCCCGUCCGGUCUCCUCCCCUCCUCCGAUGUCGGCCGAACGGUCCGUGGCCGACCGCCUUCUCCCCGUCGGUGGUCUUGUCUCAUCCAGGAGCUGCUCCGCUCUCAAUCAGGGGCUUGGAUUUCCGUACCUACGUCUGCCAAGUAUUUGCUCUGUCUGCAUGUUGAAAAAGUAGGAAGCCCAUGGAUGCACGGGCGUAGCUGGCAGCUUUCUAUUUUUUUACCGUUAGUUAAUGCAACUAUUGAUUCCAUGGGAGGCGUUGUCGAUUGCGGCGUUGGUGGAGACACCAAAACUUCACCCCGUUGUGCAGCGAUGGAGAAGGCACAGGCAGAACUGCGGCAGGAAUAUGAUGUACGUGAAGAACGGAGAAGGGAAUUAGAAUUUCUUGAAAAGGGAGGAAAUCCUCUGGAUUUUAAGUUUGGUCAUGCAGUGUCAAUUAGCGUGCAGUCUGCUUCCCUCAUAGAUCAACCGGCCGAGCAAUAUGUGAUCAGUGAAGCAAGAGGUAGCUUUGCAUUAGCUGCCUCGCCCCGUGGAGAUUCUGUUGAAAGCAAUGACAGACCUGGAGGUUCUUUGAGUCGUGAACCUGACAUUGCUGACAGUCUUUUGCAUCUAGAUGGAGAAAACAGUAAUCUUGUUGGAGAAAGAAGGUUUAACCAUAGUGGUAAAAAUGGUGACAUAGCUCCAUUGGAGCAAUCUUCCCAUAUUGAUGGUUCUCAUAAUGCAAAAAAAUCAGAGGACUCUGUUAUUUUUCAGCUGGGGGUUAAAAGUCAAGCAUAUGCCCGACGGAAAAGAUCCAGAACAAAUCAUGAUGGUGGCGAUGUAGGCUCAACUGAUCUCAUUCCGCAUCAUGCUAAUAGAUCUCCUGUUAUACCUUCUACCCGACCUGGUCCUAGGGAUGCAAGGGGUUCGAUGCAGGAAGCACCGGUGGAAGGCCAUGCUAUUUCUUCCAUUUCCAACUCAAAACUGGCAAGCUCCAAUGGCAAUGUUGUAUCAAAGAAUUUUGAUUCGGAUGAUCAUGUAUAUAUGGAGAUGGAUGCAGUGCAAACUCAUUGCAUGUGCACUGAUAUGACAAAAGAUGGAGUGCCACAAGGAGCACCGGAAGUCAAAUAUUCUGAAAACUUGCUGGAUAGUGACUAUAAUAAUCAGCAUUCUCAUGUAAUUGCUGACAGAGUUACUAAUGGUACCACAUCUCAUUCAUCCAAUAUCAUCACAAAAGACGAAGCUGUUUCUGUUGGUUUUCUUCCCACUCCCCAUGAGCGCACUGAGGUUACUAAAGAUACCAGUAGUUCUGAAAAGGUGAAUGGCUUUGGUACUCCAGAUAAAAAUGUGACUGAAUUGCAUGAUCAUGAUCCAAAUACAAAAACUUGUGUUGCUGACUCUGUUUCUGAAGCCUUACGUAUGAAUGACAUAAAAACAGAUCACUCUCAUGUCAAAAUGAUUAGUACAAGUGUUAGACAUGCAGAUGGUGACCACAAUUUGAAGCUGGGAAAGAUGGAUGGCAGUUUACAUGGAGACUCCAAAGGCCAUUCAGUGUUUGAAGAGAUCUCUUCUAGGGCACACAACAAGGAUUUAAAGGAGAGCAAUCAGUUGAUAGCUGUUGAUGUGCCUAUUAGUGGUAAUGAUGCAUCCAUAUCUGUUCCCCCAACCCUUGGCAACUCAGUUAUUCAGAUUAAAGAUGAGGUGGAAGUUUGUGAUGGAAGAACUGACACAAAGAGUGAAGCGAGGCCCUUUAACAAUGUCCAAUCUAUGAUGCUAAAUGGUGAUGUACCAGAUAGGGAGCUGGAUGUUUCCUCAACUUGUGAACCUGCGAUCACUACCCAUGAGAAGAGGAAUUCCACUUAUAUCUCUGAGGUUCAGAACUGUGCAGCAAAUCACUUGAAGUUGGCGGAGAAGGCACAUGAAGAUGCUGUUCUGAACGAGGCUCGUGUAAUAGAGACAAACCUUAAAAAGGCUGGUGAGUUGUCUGCAUGCAACAUUUCUUCAGAAAAGCGACCGAAAUGUCAUUGGGAUUUUGUCCUCGAGGAGAUGGCAUGGAUGGCAAAUGAUUUCAUGCAGGAGUGCUUGUGGAAGACUACUGCUGCAGCCCAAGUAUGCCAUUGCAUUGCUUCUGGUGGUCGAGCAAAGUUUGAACAGGUAAACAUGUGGCGAGAGCAGAAAAAUGUGGCUAGAACUCUGGCAAAGGCUAUCAUGCAUUUUUGGCAUUCGGCUGAGAUUUUGCAUUCUAGUGGCAAGACACCCGAUGGCAUAGAUGAAGAGUGCAGUUCAGAAAUGCCUGGAUCAUGGAAGUUUGAUGGGGCUGAAGCUGAAAAACAUCAGGGUAGCACAUAUAUUGAAGCAGAAAAGUCUGGGCAUGUUAUUCAGCCUGCUGUUAAGGAUUAUGCAGUUAGGUUUUUGAAGUAUAUUAGUAGCACAUCAAGAUAUCCUGUCUUGGCUGAAGCACCAGCUACUCCUGAUAGGCUGCAUGAUACUGGCAUUUUAGAAAUGUCCUGGGAAGAUCAACAUUCUGAAGAGAGUCUCUUCUAUACAGUACCUCCCAGUGCAAUGCAAGCAUACAGAGAAUCUGUUGAGUCUCAGUGGGUGCAUUAUAAGAAAAUGGGUAGCAUCAUCCAUCAAGAGGAUUGUGAGGCAUCCAUGUGUGAUUCCGUGGCAGAUGGAUCCCAUGAGAAUGCAUAUGAAGAGGAUGAAGGUGACACAGGCAGAUAUUAUUUGUCUGGAGCAUUUGAAGGCGGGUUGUCAUCAAAAUUUGCUCAGAAAAAGAGAAAAAACAUGCAACAGAAUUCAUGUACUCUUAGACCUUAUGAAGUUGUUACUGACUUGUCUUUUGAGCCUUGCAUGGAAAGCAAGUCAGGAAAUCAACCUUUUUCAAUUGGAAAAAGACCAUCAAGUACCCUUCAUGUUGGUUCAAUUCCAACGAAGCGUGUACGCACGGCUGCUCGGCUACGGGUUGCGAGUCCUUUUACUGCUGGAGGUACUGGGAGCUUACAAGUAACUAGUAAAACAGAUGUUUCAAGUGGAGACGCAAAUUCUUUCCAGGAUGACCAUAGUUCAUUGCGUGGUGGAUCCCUGCCCAGGAAAAGCAUGGAAAUUGAAUGUUCAGUGGACUUUGAUAGGCAGUUACUGUAUGAUGGUUGUGAAAUAUCAGCAAAAUCUAAAAAGAAGAAGAAGCCUAAGCAUCUAGGUUACAAGAGCUCACUGAAUUUGACAGACUCUAGUUUUUUAAUUGUUUCAGGGAAGGGUUCCUUAUAUGAGAGGCUGCAAGUUGAUUCUAUGGUUCAACAUGAACAGAAGGAUCAUUUGAAAAAAAGAUUGGAGAAUCAGCAGUUUGAGUCAAAUUGGAAUGCUGUAAUUUAUGGGCAACAUGCUGCUAAGAAGCCUAAGCUUUUGAAGCAACUGCCAGAGACUUCCCCAGAAGCACUUACCCCAGUCCUUGGUUCAAUGCCUUCUCCGGUUGCUUCCCAGAUGAGUAAUAUGUCCAAUCCAAAUAAACUAAGUAACACGAUUGCCAACAGGGAUCGGGGAAGCAAAAGUAAAAAAUUAAAGGUGGUUGCCGGGCAGUCAGGAUUUGGAAGUUCAUGGUCAAACUUUGAGGACCAGGCACUUGUUGUCCUUGUUCAUGAUAUGGGUCCAAACUGGGAGCUAGUAAGUGAUGCAAUCAACAGCACCCUCCAGUUCAAGUGUAUCUACAGGAAGCCUAAAGAAUGCAAGGAACGCCACAAAAUUCUAAUGGACAAAACUGCUGGCGAUGGGGCUGAUAGUGCAGAAGAUUCAGGCUCAUCUCAACCUUAUCCAUCCACUCUGCCUGGCAUUCCAAAGGGCAGUGCCAGACAGUUGUUUCAACAUCUUCAAGGACCACUGGAAGAGGAUACUCUAAAGGCACAUUUUGAAAAAAUUAUUUUGCUUGGACAGCAACUGCAUUCCUGCAGGAAUCAGAAUGACAAUCGGGAGCCAAAACAAAUCACUCCAGCACAUAGUUCUCAUAUGGUUGCUCUUUCUCAAGUAUGCCCAAACAACUUGACUGGAAGCAUCUUAAUGCCGCUUGAUCUUUGUGAAGCAAUCUCUUCAGGCCCAGAUGUUCUUUCCCUUGGAUGUCAGGGAUCUCAUACAAGUGGUUUAGCAAUCCCAAGUCAUCAGGGUUCUAUCACUCCUAUUCCUACCGCAAAUGUGAACACCCUAUUACAAGGAUCUCCUCGUAUGGUCUUAGGCGGCAGCUUAGUGUCACCAUCUGCUCCAUUAAAUGCCAGUAAGAGGGAUGCUCAGAGACAUGGUGUGCCAAGACCAACUUCUUUACCUGUUGAUGAUCAAAGAAUGCAGCAGUAUAGCCAAAUGCUUUCUGGUAGAAAUCUUCAGCAAUCCGCUAUGUCUGCACCCAGGGCUUUAGGAGUUGAUCGCAGUGUCCGCAUGUUAUCUUGUGGGAAUAGCAUGGGGAUGAUAUGUGGGAUGAACCGAGGCAUGCACAUGCCAAGGCCGGGUUUCCAGGGAAUGGGUCCACUAGGUAUGUUAAACAUGGUUUCGACUGGAAAUAUACUGUCAAGCAGUGGGCAUGGAAUGCAGAACCCUGUCAAUGUCCAUUCCGGUGUUGUUUCUGGCUCGGGAAACUUGAGGCGACGCGAUGCUUUGCAGAUGCUUCAACCUGCUCAGAAUACAGAUGAUCAUCGGCACAUGAUGAUCCAAGAACUCCAGCUGCAAGUUUCACAAGGGAAUGGUCAGGCUGUCGCUCCUUUCAAUGGCAUGAGUGCCUCAUUUUCUAGCACAACAGCCACUCCACCCAUUCAGACAUUUCCAAUUCCACAACACCAGCAGUCUCAUCAGAUACCACAGCAGGCACCCAUACUUGGAAAUUCUCGGCACCCACAUAUUCAAGGAACAAGCCAGUCAAGCUCUCAGCAGCAGGCCUAUGCUUAUCGCUUUGCUAAAGAAAGGCAACUCCAACAGCAGAUGAUGACACGGCACCCCUUUUCUGGAUCCAAUGCCAUAUCGCCUAUUCAAAAUAGUUCGCAGAUCCAACAGCAGACACAGUUGUCAGCUCCUAUGAGUGUAAGUCCUUCACAAGCGCAGCAUAAGCAGCAACAAAUGCCGCGAAAUCUGCAGUCUGGCUGUGGAAUGCCAAAUCAGAUCAAGCAAAGACAGAGGGAACAGGUCGAACAACAGCCAAAGCAACAGCAGCAACAAAGGCAACAGUCACAACAGCAAGCUAAGCUUAUGAAGGGUUUAGGCAGAGGAAGCAUGCUGAUGCACCAGAAAUUACCAGGUGAUGCUCCUCAAAUCGGUGGCUUUUCAACUGCUUCCAAAGACCAAGCUUCUGAGAAACAUUUGAUGCAACAGUGCUCAAGCUGCUUUUCUGGUAGCUUGGGUUUGAGUUCAAUUUUGCCCCAGACAGGAAACCAACAAAAGAUGUAUUCUAGUGAGCAGCCUCAAUCAUCAAAGCAGAUGAUACCAAUGCCUUCUCAUUCUGAUUCUUGUAACCAAUGAUCAGUCCAAGCUUCUCCUAGUCACACAAUGCUAGCUUCCUCACAACCCCCUAUUCCUUCUUCGGCACCUCCACCUAAUCAGCAACAGCAGCAGCAUAUGUAUCCAUCCCAACAAAACAUUCAAAUAAUGGUGCUUCAGCAAAACCACCAGAUGAACUCUGAUGGUGCAACACAGUCAACUGUUCCGGUCCAUGUUAAUUAGAUGGUCCUGACUAUAUCUUCUAUUGUACAGAUUCAGGCACUACUGCUCCUGUGGUUUCAUCUCCAGAACACUGGAAACCAGAUGUGAGCUCACCAGCUCCAACAGCACAUUUGGCUAGUCCUUCACAGGAAAAUUUAGUGGGAACUGAAACCCUGAUAUCCUCUUCCAGCCAAGGAUUAGUGCAGAGACGGUUCCCAGGAAGUGUGUCAAUGCAUGGAAAUAGUAGAGGACAGUGGCAGCCUCAGCCUCAGCAGCAGCUACAGCAGCAAGCGGCACAAGGCCCUUUAUAUCCACAGAAAUCAAACUCAGGGCCAGGGUAAUAAAGAAUAGAGCUGGAUCUAUCUGUAAUCAAGAAGCAACACCCACAUCCCUUGUAAAACUAGGGUACAGGUUUCCAGGCAAGGAGAGCUGAGGAAUACAAAAUGUGCUCUUUGAUUCCCAACUUGAGCUGAUCUCACUCACUUCUGAUCUCACUCACUUCAAGGCAUAGUACAUGGCUGCAACCUUGCAUUAUCUAAUCUCAGUCAGGGUACCAGCUAUUUCAAACUCGACUGGCAUGCAAAUUGGAACUUGCAGUUCAUUGUAAUGCCGAAUUCUUUUUGUGGUUGGACUGUAACCCUGACCGAGUAUGUGUACUCUAUAUUCUUGCCCUUGACAUGCAAGUGCUGGCCGCCUAAUGGUAAAGUUGGUGAACCUGCAUCCACCAUUUGCUGAUAAAGGUCUGUAAAAAUUCUCAUACAAUAGCAUUGUAUAAUACAAGCCAGUGAUUUCAAAUAUCAGGAGCACAUAUUGUAUUUGGAUUUUCUAAAACACAGCAAGGAAAAGAAGAAAAAAA